UUUUAUAAAAUUUUUUGGGACUAAACAAGGCCAUAGUGGGAAGUGGCCGACGAGGCGACGACCCGCGCCUCUCCGCCUGUUGGCUGUUGCUUCCUCAACCAGCAAGCCGGGCUCCAACUCCGAGCAAAACAGGGGACGAUCCGAGACAUCGCGUCGAAAACACACCACUCGGUAGUCGAUACUCGCCCGCUCCUCCCACCGGUUCGGGACUUCCGGUCUCGGUACUCGUAGGCGCUAUCUUCGCGCGGCCACCUGGGCCUUUGUUCCUCCCGCUCCGACCAAGCACUCGCAAGCUCGAUCGGGCUCCAUGUCCAUCACAAGGUUGGCCGCGUCGUACGUGGACCCCGGCACCGGAGCGCCCCUCCGCCGCGCGAUCCUUUACGUCCUCGUCCUCCUCGGCUCCAACCUCGCCACGUUCCUCCUCUCCUCUCACUAUUCUUCCUGCGCGACGUCACCUCCGGCCGCCGCGGCGGCGGCGCCGAAAAUGGCUACUCCAAGUCCGAGGAACACCACCGUCCCGGAGCAGCUGGCGGACCUCCCGCUGGAGUUCCACGCGUUCGCGGGGCCGCACGCGCUCCCGUACGGGCGCAACGCCAACUGGGGCACCGCCGAGCUGCGGCCGCCCGUGGGCCACCCGUGCCUGUCCUUCCCGGACCUGCUCGCCGCCUUCAUGUCGUACCCCGUCAACGGCUCCUGCCCCGACGACGAGCUCCCCGCGCAGCGGCUCCUCCUCCGCGGCUGCGAGCCCCUGCCGCGCCGACGCUGCCGACCCGCCGCGCCGCCGGACCCGGCGCCACCGCUGCCGUUCCCGGACGCGCUCUGGUCCACGCCGCCCGACCGCUCCGUGCACUGGUCCGCCUACACGUGCAAGUCCUUCCGCUGCCUCGUCGACCGCGCGCGCUCCCCGCGCUUCGACGACUGCAAGGACUGCUUCGACAUCGCCGGCGGCCGGGAGCGCUACCGUUGGCUCAACGCCACGGACAAGAAGAGGAAGAACCCGCUCGACUUCUCCAUCGACGAGGUGCUCGCGUCGGCGUCCCCGCCGGGGUCCGUCCGCAUCGGGCUCGACAUCGGCGGCGGCUCCGGCACCUUCGCCGUGCGCAUGCGCGAGCACGGCGUCACCGUGGUGGCCACCACCGUGAACCUCAACGGCCCCUUCAGCUCCUUCGUGGCCGCGCGCGGGAUCGUGCCGCUCUACGUCAGCGUCGCCGCGCGGCUGCCCUUCUUCGACAACACGCUGGACAUCGUGCACUCCAUGCACGUGCUCAGCGGCUGGAUCCCGCCGGCCGCGCUGCAGUUCGCGCUGUUCGACGUGUACCGGGUGCUCCGGCCCGGCGGGCUGUUCUGGCUGGACCACUUCUUCUGCGGGGAGGCGGAGAUGGCGGCGUACGUGGGUGUGGUGGAGAGCGUCGGGUUCGGAAAGCUGAGGUGGGUGACGGGCAGGAAGCUCGACAGGGGACCGGAGAGCAAGGAGAUGUACCUCUCGGCAUUGCUAGAGAAGCCGCUCAAGAACUCGUGGCGCCAUUAAUUCCGGUAACUCUUGAUCAAAGGAAGAGGCUGGAUAACAAAACCACUGUGAUUGUUGCGAUCCUCGGUGAGGCGCAAGAAUGCAUUGUUUGUUGGCUAGAUUAGAUGACUUGCUUAUUUUUUAUGUAUGCUUUUUAGGCGGUUUGCAUGUGUGUUGUCGUGCAUAUAUGCGUCGUCGAAAUUUUACGAUCUUUCUGUAAUGCGCAUUUGUACACUAAAAAUAAAUGGUAAAAUUGA